AAAAAAAAAAAAUUUUUUUUUUUUUACACUUUUUUUUUCUCGCUUAAACAACAAAUUCUUCUUUUUUUAAAAAAUAAUAAAUAAAUAAACUUCGCAUCAUGCUUUCUACGUUAAAAAAUAUCUCCCUAAAGUCUAUUGGAAAAAGUAUUUUUUCCAAAACGGCCGGUACAAUUGUCGGAUGUACUUUCGUUGCGGGUGUAGGAGCUGGUUCGGUAUAUAUUAAUUACAAGAUGACUAAAGAUCAAACGGAUUCAAUCAAUGAAAAACUCAAGUUAAUUGAUGGUCGGUUAACCGCAAUUGAAAAACGUCCUAACUAUUAGCUUUAUGGUAUUUUUAAAUAAAUGGUAGUGGGUUUUAAAUAAAUGGUAUUGGUUUUUUAAAUAAAUGGUAGUUGAUAUUCAAAAAGAAAGAUAUUGUAAACAUGUAAACAUCAAAGAUCCAAAUUAAAUUUAAUUCAGGAUUA